AUGGCGACGCGGCGACGCGGCGGGGACGCGAGCCCCACGGAGCGCGGGCCGCCGCCGCUGCUGGUCCUCAGCCACUUCUGCCCCAGGCCGUUCCUGUGCUUCGGGGACGUGCGGCCCGGCGCGUCGCGGACGCUGCCGCUGGCCGUGCUCAACCCCAACGCCGAGGCGGCCGCCGUGACGCUGCCCCGCGGCCCCGCCGCCGAGCGCGGCUUCCAGGUCUGGCCGCGCGCCUUCGAGCUGCAGCCUAAAGAAAAAAUUGUUAUUUCUAUUAACUGGACACCAUUAAAAGAAGGCCGAAUAAGAGAGAUUGUGACAUUUCUUGUAAAUGAUAUUCUGAAACAUGAAGUUAUAGUACUUGGAAAUGCAGAAGGGCCAAAAAAGAAAAAGAGGAGUCUUUGGGAUACUAUUAAUAAGAAGAAAGUUUCGGCCUCUUCAAAUCAUAAGAAGAGGAUUUCAAAUACUCAGAAUGUUAAUAAGACGUUUAGUGUUUCCCAGAAAGUUGACAGAGUCAGGAGCCCACUCCAGGCUUGUGAAAACCUGGGUGGGAGAGAAGGAGGCUGUUCCCCAACAGAGAACAAUUCUUUAAUCCUCGAAGAGAAUAAAAUACCCAUUUCACCCAUUAGUCCCACUUUCAAAGAAUGCCAUGGGGACACGAGCUUGCCACUGUGUGUCCGUCGGUCCACUGCCUACUCGUCUCUUGAUGCUCAUGAAAACGGGGAGCUGUGGCAACUAGGAAGUGCCCACAUUUCCGAAGAUUUUAAUGAGAAAGUCAUAACUGGAACUUCCAUAAAUAUUAUCAAUGGCCAAAUGGAGGAGGGUAGUAAACUUAUUCUUUCCCCAAACUGUUCUUCGACGUUGAACCUUAUGCAAAGCCACGGGGAUUUUCUAAGUCCAGAUUCCUUUGUAAAGAACAGCCAGGCAGUUACUACUGAACUGGAACCAGUGCCAUGCAUUUCAUCAGAUGCGUUUCUGAAAGGUAACUCCAGGUCCAUGCACUUGGAAUCAAAAACUGUACAUGAAAUUUAUCAGACAAUUUUAAGUCCAGAUUCUUUCCUGAAGGAUAAUUAUGGACCAAAUCGGGAGCUAGAAUCAGAGUCAGUGAAUCCAAUUGUAUCCCCAAAUCAAUUUGUAAAAGAUAAUAUGCCAUAUAUAUCUAUAUCUCAGCAAAUUUGUAAAUUAUCACCAUUAGCAAAAGAAAAUUCUCAGGCCUCACAGUCUCUUCAAGGGCAGAGAAAAAGUGAAGUUUUAUUGUGUAUUCCUGAAUGUCAGGGUUCAAACUCUCCCAAAGCUAUUUUUGAAGAACCCAAAGCUUUAGAAAUGAAAACAAACCGUUACAGUUUUACAAAACAAAAUCAGCCCAAAUUUUCUGCAGUUCAAGAUAUUCCUGGACAUAGCCACAAUACUCAGCUUAAGAAACGCCCAAUACUUUCUGCCACUGUCACUAAAUCAAAGCCCGCUGGUACCAGAGAAAACAAAACGGAGGCCAGCAAGCCGAAGGCAAGAAGGUGUCUCCGCAGUGUCGCAGGGGAAGGUGAAGAAACCGCAGAUAAUCCCGAAGAGAAAGACGCUUUUCAUUCUUGCCUCCCGGUGAUAGAUCCAGUAGUGAGUAGGUCCAAGGAUUGCAAAAAAGUAGUGACGCCUUCCUCCCAGACACCAUUCAUUGCUCGUAAAAGAAAGAGUGAAGGAGACAGGCGAGAUGCGAACGUGAUUCCAGUUGUGGAGCACACAGAAGAACAAGAGGCCAAAAGGCUCCAUUUCCCUCCCGGGGAGUCUGAAACAUCAGCUGCUAAAAAGACAAAAAUGCUGGUGACACCCGUCCCACAGCAUGUUAGCAAGAGAGGGAGAACAAACCUGAAGAAGAAGACUGAUUCUUUAGCAUACAGAACUCCUAAUUCUAAAACAAACCAAAGGACACAACGUAUUGUUCCCGUGGCCCAGUCCAGUCUGACCUUAAUAAAACGAUUGAAAACAGGCAUUCCCAGGCACCCAAUGCCGUUUGCCGCAAAAAACAUGUUUUAUGAUGAGCGCUGGAAGGAGAAGCAGCAACAGGGUUUCACUUGGUGGCUAAACUUUAUAUUGACGCCGGAUGACUUCACCGUGAAAACAAAUGUCUCGGAAGUCAACGCUGCUACUCUUGUUUUGGGAGCGGAGAGCCAACACAAGCUAAGCGUUCCCAGAGCUCCCACGAAGGACGAGAUGUCGCUCAGGGCCUAUACCGCCCGGUGCAGGUUGAAUCGGUUACGUCGCGCAGCCUGCCGUCUGUUCACAUCUGAGAAAAUGGUGAUGGCGAUCAGAAAGCUAGAGACUGAAAUUGAAGCCCGGCGGUUAACUGUUCGAAAGGACAGACACCUCUGGAAAGAUGUGGGAGAGCGGCAGAAAGUCCUGAACUGGCUGCUGUCCUAUCACCCUCUGUGGCUGCGCAUCGGUCUGGAGACGGUUUUCGGAGAACUCCUAGCCUUGGAAGACAACAGUGAUGUCACGGGGAUGGCCGUGUUUAUUCUGAACCGCCUGCUUUGGAAUCCCGACAUAGCUGCUGAGUACAGACACCCCUCUGUCCCUCAUCUGUAUAGAGAUGGUCACGAGGAAGCUUUGUCGAAGUUUACACUGAAGAAAUUGCUGUUGUUGGUUUGUUUCCUUGAUCAUGCUAAAAUCUCCCGACUUAUCGAUCAUGAUCCUUGUCUCUUCUGUAAGGAUGCCGAAUUCAAGACUAGUAAAGACAUUCUUCUGGCUUUCUCACGGGACUUUCUGAGUGGUGAAGGUGACCUUUCCCGUCACCUGAGCUGGUUGGGAUUACCUGUCAGCCACGUUCAGACAGCACUGGAUGAGUUUGACUUCGCUGUCACUAAUCUUGCGGUGGACUUGCAGUGCGGGGUGCGCCUUGUGCGAACCAUGGAGCUGCUUACACGGAGCUGGGACCUCUCGAAGCAGCUCAGAAUCCCGGCGAUCAGUCGUCUUCAGAAGAUGCACAAUGUCGACCUUGCUCUCCAGGUCCUCCGGUCCCGAGGAGUCGAGCUGAAUGACGAGCACGGAAAUGCCAUCCUGUCUAAGGACAUUGUGGACAGGCAUAGAGAAAAGACUCUCGCAUUGCUUUGGAAAAUAGCACUGGCUUUCCAGGUGGAUAUUUCUGUUAAUCUAGAUGAGUUAAAAGAAGAAAUCAACUUUUUAAAACGCACGUGGAAGACGAAAGCAGCGUCUGCAUUCUCACGCCACUCGGACGCCGUUCUCAGUAAGAAGACAGACACAAGGCAGGGAGGUCCCUGCGAGCACAGUGAGAGCAUAAGGCUGCUGAUGGAGUGGGUGAACGCUGUCUGUGCCUUCUACCAUAAACAGGUGGAGAAUUUCACGGUGUCUUUCUCAGACGGCCGUGUGCUGUGCUACCUGAUCCACCACUACCACCCUUGCUGUGUGCCUUUGGACGCCAUAUGCCAGCGGACGACUCAGACGGUGGAGUGUGCGCAGACCGGCUCGGUGGUCUUAAACUCAUCGUCCGAGUCUGAUGAGAGCUCUCUGGACUUGUCUCUGAAAGCACUCGGUCACGAAAAUACUCCAGAACUCCACAAAGAGCUCCUAGAGAACGAGAAAAAGAAUUUUCAGCUGGUUAGGUCUGCAGUUAGAGAACUUGGUGGGAUACCAGCUAUGAUUCAGCAUUCAGACAUGUCGAAUACGAUUCCAGAUGAAAAGGUGGUUAUUACCUACCUGUCAUUUCUUUGUGCGAGGCUGCUGGAUCUCCGUAGAGAAACCCGGGCCGCUCGGCUUAUCCAGGUAGCUUGGAGAAAGUACAGACUCACAGCGGAUCUGAGACGCCAUCAGGAGAGAGACAAAGCUGCAAGAAUUAUUCAAUCAGCUGUAAUCAGUUUUCUGACUAAACGACGACUGAAGAAGGAGGCCGACGCAGCCCUGGUCAUUCAGAAGUACUGGCGGAGACUCUUAGGACGGAGAAAAGUCUCGAUGUUAAAAAAGGACAACCUAGAAAAAGUUCAAAAUAAAUCAGCAUUAGUUAUUCAGAGACGUUGGAGAAGCUAUUCCACUAGGAAGAAGUUUCUGAGACUGAGAAAGUAUUCGAUCAUCCUGCAGUCUCGGAUAAGAAUGAUCAUGGCUGUGGCUUCCUACAGACGCUGUCUUUGGGCUGCAGUGACGGUGCAGAGGCGCUGGCGUGCCCGCCUGAGAAGAAGGCAGGACCAGCAGAGAUACGAAGCGCUCAGAUCCUCGUGCCUUGUGAUCCAGUCCGCGUUCAGAAGGUGGCAGCGCCGCACGGUGCAGUUGCGAGUCAGAGCUGCGGUGACCUUGCAGAGGGCCUUCAGGGGGUGGCGGGCCAGGAAGCGGGCCCAAGAAGAGAGAUCCGCCACCGUCAUACAGUCGUGGUAUAGAAUGCACAGAGAAUUACAGGCGUACACGCAACUGAGAGCUUGUGUUCUUGUCAUUCAGACAAGAUUCCGGGGCUUUCAAGCCCGAACAUUGUACAGAAGGAAAAAGGCGUCUGUCCUGACAAUCCAGCGGCAUUGGCAAGCACACCUGAAGGGAAGGGCCCAGCGCACCAGCUACCUGCAGACACGCGCCGCGGCCAUCCGCCUGCAGGCCGCGUUCAGGGCCAUGAGAGCCCGGAAUCUGCACAGGAAGGUUGGGGCCGCUUGUGUUCUUCAGUCCUAUUGGAGAAUGAGACGCGAGAGAGCGCGAUUUCUGAGUCUCAGGAAAGGCAUCAUCAGAUUGCAGGCGCACGUAAGGCAACACCAACAGUUACAGAAAUACACGCAGAUGAAGAAAGCCACCCUCGUAAUUCAGGCUCAUUUUCGAGCUUAUGUUGCAGCCAGGAAAGUCCUGGUGUCCUACCAGGAAACACGUGCCGCGGUGAUUGUUGUACAGUCUGCGUACAGGGGGGCGCAGGCCAGGAGAGCGUUUCUUCACGCCCGCGCGUGCAUCGUGAGGAUUCAGGCUUACCGUCGCGCUUGUGUUUCCAGGAAAACGUUUCUGAGCCUAAAACGCGCUGCAGUGAAGCUACAGUCCAUUGUGAGGAUGAAGCAAGCUCGGAAACAGUAUUUACGUUUGAGAGCUGCCGCGCUGUUCAUCCAGCAGAGGUAUAGGUCCCUGAAAAGGGCUGCCCUGGGGAGAGAGCAGUACAGGCGGGUGCGGGCCUCCUGCAUCCGACUGCAGGCCUUGGCCAGAGGGCACCUGGUCCGGCAGCGGGUGCGGUCGCAGAGGAAGGCCGCCAUCUCACUGCAGUCUUACUGCAGGAUGAGGAAGGCGCGGCGGAACUACCUGAGAGUGCGUAACGCGGCACUGGUCAUUCAGAAGCACUACCGUGCACACCGAGCGCGGGCCAGCCAGAGGGACAUGCAAGCCCAGAGAGCGGCUACCUGUUUGCAGGCAGCUUUCAGGGGCCGCAGAGUGCGCCAGCUCAUCACACAGCGGUCCACAGCGGCUCGUAAAAUUCAGGCUGCUUUCCGAGGCUACAGGGCAAGGAGGGAGUAUCGGCGUGUGCUUCACUCUGCCAUCGUGAUUCAGAGGUGGUACCGAGCGUGCAAGACUGCUCGUGCCCUGAGGGCACAGCUUUCCAAGACUAGGAGAGCCGUGGUUUCUCUCCAGGCUGCUUAUCGUGGCUGGAAAAUUCGGAAGCAGAUCAGAAGGGAACACCAAGCGGCGCUGAAGAUUCAGUCUGCUUUUAGAAUGGCCAGGGCCCAGAAGCAGUUUCGGUUGCUAAGAACAGCAGCAUUGGUCAUCCAGCGACAGCAGAGAGCGUGGACUGCAGGAAGGAGGCAGCGCCUGCAGUACGUGGAGCUCCGGCAGGCGGCGCUGACACUGCAGGCGGCGUGGAGGAGGAGGACAGCAAGCAGACAGACUCAGAAGCGACACGAGUGUGCUGUCGUCAUCCAGUCCUACUACCGGAUGUAUGCGCAGCGCAGGAAGUGGAAAACCAUGAGGAAGGCUGCCUGUCGGAUUCAGACGCACUAUCGGGCUUACAGUCUCGGAAGGAGACAGCGGCUCCUGUAUUUGAAGACCAAGACAGCUGCCCUAACUCUGCAGGCAGCCUUCCGCAGGGCGAGAGCGAGGAGGGAGAGGGCGCAGCAGCGCGCCGCGGCGGCCGCCGUCAUACAGUCCAGGUACAGAGCUCACCGGGCCCGGAGGAGAGAUGCAGCCUGCAGGGCUUCCGCUGUGCUCAUUCAGAGAUGGUACCGGAGUGCGAAAAUCGCAAACCAGCAACGCAAGGAAUAUCUUAAUUUAAAGAAGGCAGCAACUCGAGUGCAAGCUGUAUACAGAGGUGCUCGAGUCAGGAGACACGUCCGACGCAUGCACAGGGCCGCCAGCUUGAUUAAAGCCACGUUUAAAAUGCAUCAGGCCAGGACGAGGUUCCUUGAACUGAGAGCGGCAGCCGUGGUCCUUCAGAGGCGAUACAGGGCGUGUUCCCGAGCUCGGGCUCAGCGCGCACAGUACCUGGCAGUCUUGCAAGCGGUUGGUAUUCUCCAGGCAAGUUUUCGAGGAGCGCGGGUCAGGCAGACUCUAAGGAGGAUGCAGACCGCGGCAGUGCUGAUCCAGUCCUGCUACCGACGGCACCGAGAGCAAACACACUUCAACAAGCUAAAGAGGGUCACCGAGACCGUGCAGCGCAGGUACCGGGCAGCGAAGGCAGGACGCGAACAGUUCCGCAGGUACGACAGGCUGAGGUGCUCUGUGAUACGCAUUCAGGCUGUGUUCAGGGGGUGGAAGGCUAGAAGACAUUUGAAAGUCAUGCAUGUAGCCGCAGCUCUCAUCCAGAGGAGGUUCAGAACGCUGGCGAUGCGAAGGAGGUUCCUGUCUCUCAGGAAGACUGCUGUUUGGGUUCAGAGAAGAUACCGUGCCAAGCAUCGCCUGCGGUUUCUACGGUUCCAAGAGGCAGUCAUUAGAGUCCAGUCCUGGUUCAGAAGUUGGAUGGUAAGGAAAAGGUUGCGGGAAAUGCACAAGGCUGCCACUGUCAUCCAGGCCACUUUCAGAAUGCACAGGGCGCACGCGAGAUACCAGGCCCUGCAACGCGCCGCGAUCCUGCUUCAGCGGCGCUACCGAGCCCACAGAGCCGCGCGGGUGCAGGGGGACGACUGCGCCAGGCGGGGGCGCUCCGCCGGGGUCCUGCAGGCUGCACCCCCGGGGAUGAGAGCCAGGCGGCGGCCGCAGGAGCAGCGCAGAGCGGCUGUCCUGGCGCAGAGCACGUACAGGGCGCACGGGCAGUCCUUCUUCCGCCGGAAGCUUUGGUGGGCCGCGGAAGUGCGAGAGAGACGCAGAGCGGAGAAGGCGGCGCUGGAGCUCGCGGCCCUCGCGGGGGCAGCGGCCUGUGCCCAGGCAGGUGGUCAGGACGCGAAGCAGGCUCGGGGACCUCACCAGGCCGCCGCUGCCAUUCAGGAGCACUCCAGAGCCUUCAGAACAAGGAGGCGUUGUCUCCAUGUUAGAGCAACCGUGGUUUCUGUCCCGAGAAGACACAGGACAGUCACUGCAGCGCGCACCCGAGCAGCCCCCGGUCUGCAGCCCUCCUGCAGAGGUCUGAGGGUUCCGAGGGGCAGCCGCCGCGGGCGCCCGGCCGCCACACGCAUUCAGUCCAGCUCCGGGGCGCGCAGGGCCCGCGCGGCCUACCAGGCACAGAGGGGGGCAGCUGCUGUGAUCCGGAGCCGCUGCAGGCCGCACGUCAGGGCAGCAGCGGACACGAAGCGGUUCCUAGCCGGCCAGGAGUCGGUGCGCACGCUUCCGGCUGCUUUUAGAGGCCCGAGAGGGCGGCGGGAACUGGGAAAUGCGUGCCGGGGCGCGAGGGCAGCCCCUGCUGAGGGUGCACCCCACUGUGGCGGGGCUGGGGCUCAGCGGGAAGCUGCUGGGCGCUCGGCCAGGCCACGCACGGGGGCUCGAGCUCCUGCAGCUGCUCGUGCUCAGAGCGAGGCCGCCGCCGUGACGGCUCCGCAGGCCGUCGGGGACUCAGCCCCGCGGGUUCCGUCCGCCCUUGGGAUGGCUGUGUGUCAGGGCGGGUCCGUCCCGCAGAGAAGGGCUGCGGUCGCUCUCCAGCUGUGGUUCCGGGCUCGGCAGACCAGGAGCCGGUACCGGCUGCUGAGGAAAGCAGCGGUGGUCCUGCAGAACCGCUACCGCGCCUGCGUGUCAGCAAGACGUCAGAGACAAGUGUACUUACAGAUCAGGAGCAGCAGCAUCGUUAUGCAAGCGAGAACGAGAGGGUUUCUGCAGAAACGGAAGUUUCAGAAAAUGAAAGACAGCGCUUUAAAAAUCCAGGCCGUGUGGAGGAGAUAUAAAGCCAGGAAAUACGCGUGUGAAGUGAAGGCUGCCUGCAAGAUUCAAGCCUGGUACAGGUGCUGGAAGGCACGGCAGGAAUACCUGGCUGUGCUGGGAGCUGUCAGAGCCAUCCAGGGUUGCUUCCGGGCCAAACAGACCAGGACGCGGUUUUUGAAUGUGAGAGCGUCAACAAUUAUCGUUCAGAGAAGAUGGAGAGCUAUACUUUCUGGAAGAGUAGCUCAUGAACACUUCUUGAUGAUGAAAAGUUCAGAACCGGGAGCCAGGAGAGGGCUCCUGGGCUUCACGGGCACCGUGCGCCGCCACCUGGCGGCUGUCCGAAUCCAGAGGGCGUACAGGCGCCACCUAGCGGCUGUCCGAAUCCAGAGGGCAUACAGGCGCCACCUGGCGGCUGUCCGAAUCCAGAGGGCGUACAGGCGCCACCUGGCGGCUGUCCGAAUCCAGAGGGCAUACAGGCGCCACCUGGCAGCUGUCCGAAUCCAGAGGGCGUACAGGCGCCACCUGGCGGCGAGGGACGCGGCAGAGCGCGUGAAGUCGGCCAUCUGCAUCCAGAGAUGGUUUCGAACCCGGCUGCAGCUAAAGAGGUUUAUGCAGAUCUGUCACAGCGUCAUCAACAUCCAGCACGAGGCCCAGCAGCGCCUGGGGCAGCGGGACAGGGACAGGGCGGCGGCCGUCAUCCAGAGAGCCGUGCGCCGCUUCCUGCUCCGGAAGCGGCGGGAAAGAGCUGCCGGUGGGAUCGUCAGACUGCAGGCACUGUGGAGAGGCUACUCUUGGAGGAAGAAGAAUGACUGUACAGAAAUCAGAGCUAUUCGCAGAAGUCUCCAGAUUAUUAACGAGGAGAUUCGAGAGGAAGACAAGCUCUGCAAGCGAACCGCGUUCGCGCUCCAUCACCUGCUGACAUACAAGCACCUGUCUGCUGUUCUCGAGGCUCUGAAGCACCUGGAGGUAGUUACCAGGUUGUCUCCGCUGUGCUGCGAGAGCAUGGCCCAGAGCGGAGCGAUCGCGAAGAUAUUUGUCCUGAUCCGAAGCUGCAACCGCAGCGUCCCGUGUAUGGAGGUCGUCAGCCUUGCUGUGCAGGUCUUGCUGCACGUCGCCAAGUAUGAGGAGACCACGUCAGCCGUGUACGGCGUGGACCUCUGUGUGGACACACUGCUGGAGCUUCUGAAGACCUACCGAGAAAAGCCUGGGGACAGAGUCGCAGACAAGAGCGGGAGCAUCUUCACCAGGACGUGCUGUCUGUUAGCGGUGUUGUUGAAGGCGACAGAUCGGGCCUCUGAUGUCCGAAACAGGUCCAAAGUUGUUGACUGUGUUUAUAGCAUCUACAAACUUACAGCUCGUAAACAUAAAAUAAGCACUGAAAGAAUACUUCGUAAGCAGAAUAAGAAUUCUUCCAUCAGCAUCCCCACGAUUCCAGAAACACCUGUGAGAACCAGCAUGGUUGCGAGACUGAAGCCGGACUGGGUUCUGCGCAGGGAUAACGUGGAAGAAAUCACAAACCCGCUGCAGGCUGUUCAGAUGGUGAUGGACACGCUUGGCAUUCCUUACUAGCCAGUGCGCAUUUCCGUGUGCACAGCGAGGAGCGUGAACGCUAAUCAUGAGCAUGGAA